GCUGAACAAUAACUUGAGAUCUGGAAGGAACUGUUCACAUACACCAUCUUCUUACUUUCUAAGAUUAAAACUUUGAUUUAAUGUUGCAGUGACAUCCUCAACAUUAAUGAAACAAACUAGAAUCUGCUGUGGUGGCUCGUCCUCUUUCGGAGGUUGCUCAGAGUCAUUCUGUGGUUGACUCUCCAUCAUGAAGGUUUCUCUGCUGCUUCUUCUCGUUACAGCCUCUGGAUGCAGCUGUAUGGCUGUUGUAGGUGAAACAGGUCAGACCAUCACUCUGCCCUGUGAAUAUGAUAUUGAAUCUAACGGUGCUCGGCCAGUCUGCUGGAAUCGAGGAGUGAUCCCAUCCCAAGGCUGCAACAACAAACUCAUCUCCAUCGAUGGAGUCAGAGUGAAUGAAGAGACCCGGAUCUCCAGCAGGUAUCAGCUGCUGGGAAAACUGGAAAAAGGAGACGUUUCUCUGACGAUACUGAACAUCACCGAGGCCGACGCUGGACGAUAUGGAUGCCGAGUUGAUAUAUGGGGCUGGUUCAAUGAUGAAAAACAUCACUUUGAUCUGUCUGUUGUUCCACAAAUAAAUAUAUCACCAUCAUCACCACCACCAUCAUCAUCAUCAUCAUCUUCAUCAUCAGGGGCUACAGCAGCCACUGGGACGACAGGUCACAUGACCUCCACAGACACACCUCUGACUGUGUCCUUGGCCGACGUGGGCAGCGCUGAGCAGGGCGAUGAGAAGCUGACGGUGAUCCUGGUGAGUGUCCUCUUCGGGUUGGUGUUCCUCGUCACUGCAGGAGGACUCUUCAUCAUCGGGAGACGAUGGCGACGACUCAAACUACCUCAGCCGCGGGGCGCGGGCUCGGUGGGCUUCAGCUCCACCUCGUCGUCGCUGCAGCUGCACAGCCGGAGCUCCGCCGUGGACAACAUCUACCAGAUGGACGAGGGCGAGUACGACUACUGCCCCUGAGCCAGGAGGCUCCGCCCACUCAGCCGCUCAGCCGGCCUGUCAGUGGUCCGGAGGAGCCGCAGUGGAGCCCCCCGGUGGUCGGCGUCACGCAUCACUGUUGAUUUGGGCACGUGCUGCAUUCAGGACAUGUGGGAGAUACGGGAAUCAGCAGUGUGCAACUUUGCUCAAUCUUAAAAAAACAAAUACCAGAGUUCAUUUAAUAUAUAUAAAUUAAAGAUUUACAUGAUGAAAUUUUUCUGUCUUCUUUUUUUUUGUUACUGAUACUUAUUUAUAUAUGUAACAGCAGCAUGUUGUUAUUGUCACACCAGGCUAGAUUCAAAUAUCUGCAGAUUUAUCCAAACAAAAGAUGUUUUUUGAGAUCUUUAAUUCCAGUUUAAGUUGCAUCAGAUUAUCUGAGGAGUUCAAUAUCACCAUUUAAUAUUAUAUUGAUUGUUCGUGUCAGUCUGAACCAAUAUCUUUUUGCAAUAUCCGCUCAGUUCAAUUAUUAAUUUUAAAUUCAAAAUUCAAGUUUGUCAGAAAAUAUCAGCUUAUUUUAAUUGUGAUAUGAAGCAUGUCUUAAUAUUUGAGAUGAACCUGCCACGGAGCAGCCUUCUGUGUUUAUGAAGUUUUGUGUGUUUAAAAUCCCUGUUAAGAAUAUAUCAGUACUAUUUUGUUUAAUUUAACAACAGACUCCCUUCAGAUAGAGAUUAACCUUGAUUGCAACUGUAUGUUUGACUAUUUAAAAAAAAUCUAAAAUUAUAUGUUUCUAUGUCAUUUGUGACUUGACUCACUUUUAUACUCCAAUGAAAUGGCUGUAAAGUUUAAUAUCAAUGUUAAGGAUAAUAAUUAUGUGGUUUCUAACAAUGUGAGAUCAAUCUACAUUCGUACUCCGUUCUGGUAAUUUAUUGGAGUUUUGUGAAUUGUUGGGUUUUUGUCGGAUUUCUAAGAUUCUGUGUUGCGGUGUGAAUUCAGACCUGCUCAUUUAACCAAAAACUACAUGUGGAAUAACUUCAGAACUUUAUUUUGUUGUGUUGUUUUUUUAGUUUAGGCUCCCACAAAGCUUCAUUUGAAAUGGAGUGAAUAUUAUCUGGUUUUAUUAGAGCAUUAAUGUAAUUUAUGUUCAUGUUAUUUCAGUCUGCACCUGAAUCCUCUGCUAAUUUCACGUCCUUUUUUUCCUGUAAAUAAAUGAAUUAAACUCGU